ACAACAGAUGCUCCGCAGCUUCUAAUUAAAGGAGCCCAUUGUUAGUCGUAUCUGUGCUACAGGACAGAUAAUUCUUCUUCGUAGUAUCAGAGUGGACACGAAUUUAAGUUCUCGUAUUUUCUCGCGCGCUCGGUGCAAGAUGAUUUUGCUAUGUAAUAGAAGUAUCCGGGCGUUGAUAUUCGUCGUGAGUAUCCUGUCUGUGAAUUCUAACGAGUUUUUCUCAACGUACAACGCCUCCUCCAGAGCCGUUUCGAAGUGUCCCUUGCCAAUAACAGUUCUGGAUUUCAUUCGCAAUUCUAGUCAGCCCGAUUUAGAAGCUAAAUGGCCCUGCGAGGUGCGCUCGUACUGGCUGUCGUUGCAGCCGUUCGUCAGAUCCGUCCGCUUCUUGCUCCGCUAUGUAACGCCGUUUAUCAUAAUACUCGGUGUAUUGCUAAAUGCUGUAUCUUUUAGUAUGUUGAGCGCACCUGUGCUAUGUGACUCCAAUUUGUCACUUUAUCUAAGCGCGCUCGCUAUAUCGGACAAUGGAGCGUUAAUAUUCAAUUACGCCGUGAGCGUCGCAAAAUCACACUCCACGUCCGUUAACGAUCUCUUCAUGAACAGCAAGUUCUUAUGCGGCGCGAAUUCCGUGUGCAUGGAACUUUUUCAAUUUACGUCGACCUGGCUGAUCGUCGCUCUCACGUGGACGCGCGUCAUCGCCGUGGUGUUUCCAUUCGGCGCCCGCGACUGUCAGAAUCGCUCCGCGAUCACGACUAUCGCCAGCCUGGUCUGCAUCAGUUUCGUGAUAUCCUUAACGAAGCUGUACUCCGGCGGUAAAGCGUUUACAUCCCAUAUCGCGCCUUUUCCCCCCUUCGCGAGUCAAUUUGCGUCACUACAUACCGCACGAUUACGUGUCAUUGUUCUCUUCUCGUCAAUGAACGCUGACUUGACGCUGAUUGUAGGAUACGAGACCGACAGCGUAUUCGAAUUCGUACCGUGCCAGAAGAUGAAGCCGUGGGGCAGCGCCAUGUAUCUUUACAUCGCCCUGUCCACGUGGCUGCCCUUGCUCUUCAUAUCGAUCGGCAACCUGCUGCUGAUCGUUCGCAUGAGGAGGUCUUAUAAGAUUCACAACGAAUUAACUCAUAAUUCUAGGUACAGAGGCAACAGAACGCACAACUCGAGCAGGACGUUGCUCGCGGUAUCGAUAGUACAUUUGAUCUUGCUGCUGCCGUUGGGAAUCGUCGAAACGCUGGAACUUUAUUGGGACGUGAUUCUAAUCAAACAGCCUGCUAAUGCGGGAGAGAACGAGAAAUAUAUACACUGGUUGCAAGAGAAGAUGUUGCUCAAGUGGUGCCGCGGCCUGUUCUUUCACGUAUACCACUGGAGUUUCGCAAUAAACUUUUUUUUGUAUUACCUUACAGGAAAAAAGUUCAGAGGUGUCGUUACGCAAACGCUGAAAAAUUAUACGGACACAUACCACCUGCCGUGUCACAGGAAUGUCUCGAGGUGCAACGCGUGGAGCAACUGUCACAAACAUUUACGAUCUUGCAGCGCGUUGCUGACGAGGACCGUUAUGCGAAGCAAACAAUUCAAUAAUAUGCCAAAUAACUCAAUAAUAUUCGAUAAUAGAAGUAACGCCAACGAAAGAAGCAGCAACGUCACCUAAUUUUGUAAAAGCGAAGUACAUUAGGAAGGAAACUCUCUUCGAUCGAUAGGAAGCGUUGCAUUGUUUAUACAGCUCACGUAUACAUAUAAAAAAAGAUACGUACACAUUCAACUCGAAAGUGAGAAAUAAUUGUCUCUCGAUAAUUUUACAAUACGUGCUCAUCGUGUCUUUUUAAUCGAUUCCGGAAGCCAACGUCGCACGGGGAACAGAAAUUUCAUUCGGCAAAAGUUUAUUUAUUCUUUUCUAGUUUAUUUUGUAUACACAUGAAAUGUUUAUACACAUUUAAACAUUGCAAAAUAUCACAUUGCAUAUUAGGCGUCUUCUGCGUAACAGCGGUAGUUUCUUAAGAAUUAAAUAGCGAUUUAAUUACACGUAAAGACGAUUUGUUAUUACACUUUGACUAUAAACUUUCAAUUUUUUUCUCUUCGCUAUCAUCACUCGCCUUUCCUAGUCUUACGAACUAACAUUCUGGUCCCAAUGCAGAUCUUCGAUGCAAUCUGGGAUAUUCUGUGUUAAUACUGCACCAACGAGAAUUUCCGAGCAAAGUGUACAAGAGUAAGACGUACAAUUAGAACUUGCACCAUUAUCUUCGAAAUUAAUGCGAGAUAAGAACUUAGAACGGUACGAGUUCAUCGCUUCUUCCUAAGAUUUAGCUUAGCGACUUGGUAUGCGUAUCACGAAACGUUCGAAUUUCAAUGCACAUUUUGAAUCACAUACUAAAUUACGAGUUUUAUCUCAAACAUAUUAUUAUAAUUACAUAACUCGCGCGAGUGCGAACAUAAAUUAAGUAUACACAUAUACAAUAAUAAUUACUCAUCUUAACGGUAGAUUAAAUGAACAGUUAUCU